AUGACCGAUUUUAAUAAAGAGAGGGCCAAAGAUGAAAUUGCCGUAUCUUUAACUUUGAGUACAUUUUGCAUGCAACGGAUUGGUUUUUCAUUUAACAGACCGAAUAGUUUCGCGUCAUAUUACAGCCAGAAACUAAUGUUUAUAUUAUCCGUAUGUGGUAUAUGUUACCACGUUUUUAGUGAGAUUGUAUUCAUCGGAUUGACUUUAUGGAACUCGCCACGAGUGGAAGAUGUUGUACCUUUGUUACAUACAUUUGGCUACGGAGCAUUGAGUAUAACCAAAGUAUUUGUGCUGUGGUACAAAAAGGAUGUUUUCGGACAACUCUUAAGCGAAUUGGCCGACAUCUGGCCGAUGUCACCCCUCGAAGAAGAUGCGCAGAAUAUUAAAAAUAAAAGUCUUUCAGCUCUACGAAUAGCACAUCGAUGGUACUUCUGGUUGAAUGUGUCUGGCGUAUGGUUUUAUAACCUUACGCCAAUUGGAGUUUACAUUUUUCGUGUAUGUCGAGGACAACUUGCGGAAAUCGGUUUCGUCUGGGUGUCAUGGUAUCCUUUCGAUAAACAAAAACCAGUCGCCCACGUUGCGGUAUAUGUAUUUGAAAUGUUUGCUGGUCAAACCUGUGUAUGGAUAAUGAUCUGCACAGACCUGUUGUUCUCGGGAAUGGCGAGUCACAUAGGAAUGUUACUCCGACUAUUGCAGCGUCGUUUAGAGUCACUGGCCAUCGUCUACAAAACCGACGAAGAGUACUACCAGGAAAUUCUAUCUAAUGUGAAACUACAUCAACGAUUAAUAAGAUACUGCAACAAUUUAGAAGAAGCAUUCUCUCUCGUAAAUCUGAUUAACAUCGUCCUUAGUUCUAUCAACAUUUGUUGCGUGGUUUUUGUUAUUGUGUUAUUGGAGCCAUUUAUGGCUGUAAGUAACAAACUAUUUUUAGGAUCAGCUUUAAUUCAAAUAGGUGUAUUAUGUUGGUACGCCGACGACAUUUAUCAUGCGAAUGCCAAAGUCGCAUCCGCAGCUUACAAUAGUUUCUGGUAUAAAACGAGCCCACGUUGCCGACGUACAUUGCUUUUCCUUAUAAAGAGAUCACAAAAGCCGAUAGCUUUCACUGCGAUGAAAUUCACAAACAUCUCGCUGGUGACAUAUUCAGCGAUUCUAACAAGAUCUUAUUCGUACUUCGCUCUUCUUUACACUAUGUAUAGAGAUAAUUAAAAUUGUUUUAUUUCUAUUCGAAUAUGCAACGCA